UGUGUGUGGUGUCCGUCCCGGAACCGGAAGUGGUUGUGGAGGAGCGGGCGAUGGGGAGGAAUGGGGGGGUUUAGGGGGCGGGUGCCUGUCUGGUGGGUGGCAGAGUUCAGCUCCCUGGAGGGGAAGGAGGGACGUCCCAAGGAAGGGUCUUUGAGAAAGGGGUAGGGGACGACAUCAGGAGAAGGCUCCCAGGAACUGUCUCAGGGGAGCGAAGGUUUUUGGGGGACAGCUGGGGUCUCCAGUAGAUAGACCACGGUGCAGGCUGUGGGAGGUACUUCUUGGCACAAGGCCUUGGGUAGGCAGGGGGCGAAGUCCUCGAAGAAGUGGGGGGAAGGCUAGAGGAAGUGACUGGGCCUGAACUGGCACUGUGCCUGACACAAGGGCUUGUGCAUCCCCCAGCCCUCAGCUUUGCCUUCUGAAGCCACUCCUCUGGGGCAGAGACCCUCCUCCUCCUCCAUCUCUUCUGUUCUCUGACCCCUGGUUACCUGUGGCCUGGGAACGAACGAGGACCAGUCUCUGAGCCUAGGAGUGGAAUCCACACGCUGGUGAUAAGAGUUCGUCUUAGUUUCUGGGAAUUGGAUUUAUUUCUCUCGUAUCCACAUAGAGGGUUGCACUACACUCCUGUUAUUAUAUCCACCCAUCUUUGGAUUGCUGGUUGGGGGGUCUGCCUGCCUUCCAGACUGACUGCUGACAAAUAAUUCCUGAGGUUCUCCACAGUUCUGUGUUGGCUGCACCCUGCCUGGCCCCUGUAACCUAGGCAAUUUGUUUACAGAAAGUUCAGGAGCCCUGGAAAGGAGAAGGAAUAAGACGGCAGGAGGAAGAGAGAGAGAGGGUAGAAUGGAAGAAUCUCACUUCAAUUCUAACCCAUACUUCUGGCCUUCUAUCCCCACAGUCUCAGGUCAGAUUGAGAACACAAUGUUCAUCAACAAGAUGAAGGAUCAGCUGUUGCCAGAGAAGGGCUGUGGUCUGGCUCCACCUCACUACCCCACCUUGCUGACAGUGCCUGCCUCAGUGUCCCUGCCCUCGGGCAUCAGUAUGGACACAGAGUCCAAGUCAGACCAGCUGACCCCACACAGCCAAGCAUCCGUUACCCAGAAUAUCACGGUGGUCCCUGUGCCGUCUACAGGACUGAUGACUGCUGGAGUCUCCUGUUCUCAGAGGUGGAGAAGAGAAGGGAGUCAAUCAAGGGGUCCGGGUUUGGUAAUCACGUCCCCCUCAGGCUCUCUUGUGACCACAGCAUCAUCAGCUCAGACCUUCCCCAUUUCGGCUCCCAUGAUUGUCUCAGCUCUUCCCCCUGGCUCACAAGCCCUGCAGGUUGUCCCUGACCUCUCCAAGAAGGUAGCAUCGACCCUAACCGAGGAAGGAGGUGGAGGUGGUGGUGGAGGUGGCAGUGUGGCUCCUAAGCCGCCCCGGGGCCGGAAGAAGAAGCGGAUGCUGGAAUCAGGGCUGCCUGAGAUGAAUGACCCUUAUGUCCUCUCCCCUGAGGAUGAUGAUGACCAUCAGAAAGACGGCAAGACCUACAGGUGCCGGAUGUGCUCACUGACAUUCUACUCCAAGUCGGAGAUGCAGAUCCACUCCAAGUCACACACCGAGACCAAGCCCCACAAGUGCCCACAUUGCUCCAAGACCUUCGCCAACAGCUCCUACCUGGCCCAGCACAUCCGUAUACACUCAGGGGCUAAGCCCUACAGUUGUAACUUCUGUGAGAAAUCCUUCCGCCAGCUCUCCCACCUUCAGCAGCACACCCGAAUCCACACUGGUGAUAGACCAUACAAAUGUGCACACCCAGGCUGUGAGAAAGCCUUCACACAACUCUCCAAUCUGCAGUCCCACAGACGGCAACACAACAAAGAUAAACCCUUCAAGUGCCACAACUGUCAUCGGGCGUACACGGAUGCAGCCUCACUAGAGGUGCACCUGUCUACGCACACAGUGAAGCAUGCCAAGGUGUACACCUGCACUAUCUGCAGUCGGGCAUACACAUCAGAAACAUACCUUAUGAAACAUAUGCGCAAACACAACCCUCCUGAUCUUCAGCAACAAGUGCAGGCAGCAGCGGCGGCGGCAGCAGUGGCCCAGGCCCAGGCGCAGGCCCAGGCUCAAGCUCAAGCGCAAGCCCAGGCUCAGGCUCAGGCUCAGGCUCAGGCCCAGGCCCAGGCCCAGGCCUCCCAGGCAUCACAGCAGCAGCAGCAGCAGCAGCAACAGCCACCACCACACUUCCAGUCUCCUGGGGCAGCCCCCCAGGGUGGGGGUGGUGGGGACAGCAACCCCAAUCCUCCACCCCAGUGUUCCUUUGACCUGACCCCCUAUAAGACGGCGGAGCAUCAUAAGGACAUCUGCCUCACUGUCACCACCAGCACCAUCCAGGUGGAGCACCUGGCCAGCUCUUAGAGAUCCGUGCUGCCACCCACUGGGAAGAGGAAGAAGUAGUCCUGGUUUCUUCUUUCUCCAACUCCUCUUGGUGGGAAAAGUCCUCUUCUUCACAGGCCUUGGCUCCAUCUCCCUGGGCCUCAGGCACAGCUUUCCUUCACAGGAUACCAUCCUUUUUCUGAACUCUUCAAAAGGAACAUCAGCCCUCCUGAUUGCAAAGGAAUACUGAGCUGAUGGUGUCAUCCAGCAGCCUCCCCUCCCAAGCAAAGCUUUUAAAAUUGGGGGUUGGUGCUCAAGGGAAGGAUUUGCUAUGACCUCAUAGAAACUUGUCCAGUGUGGUCACUUACCCUAUCCUUACCCUCCUUAUCCUCAAAGUUUGGGUUGAUAGAAGACUAGAGGCUGGCCCUCCCAGAUAACAGAGAAAAGGGAGCCCCAAAUGCAACCAGCCUCUUGUUCUAUUCUUGCCUGCAAAAGAACAGAGGUUUCUCAGUUGCCUCAGUCCCUGAGAGCCAUUUCUUCCCCUGCAUCGUCUCACUUCACUUCCUGUUGACUGCUGGUAGAAGAUUUGGGGUAGGGGACAGACCUCCUUUUAUUUGAAGGGGGCAAGGGCUGAGAUGUGGUCCCCAAGGGGCCAGAAAUUCCCAAGUUGGUCACAGGUGGCUUAGAAGUGUGGGUUAUGGUUUUAGGGAUUUCCUUGGAGCCUCUCUCCUUCUCUGCCUACACAGACCCUAUGCUCUCAGUCUCCCCAACCCACCCCCCAAGGAGCUGUGGGAGGCUUUGUGUUAUCUGUGAAACUCCAAAACAGGGGUGUUGCGGAGAAGGGAGAGUUCAAGGCAAACACAAGGACUGGACUUAGCUCCCUAGGUGCCACGGUCAGAUGCCGGACACGGAUUUAUAUAUAAAUAUAUAUAUAUAAAUAUAUUAUACCCACUCAUCACGGCCAUCUUUGUUGUAACCAUUUCUGUGUUUAUAAAUGCAUUAUCUCUGAGAAUUUUCAUAUUUGAUGUUUUGUUUAUUUUUGUCCUUUUUUUCCCUCCACCCCUGUCCUCCAGCCACAGCAUUUUUUUUUUUGUCUUUUUUUUUUUUUUUUUUUAAUCAUGGCAGAUUUCAGAGAAAAGGAAAUUUAAAAAAAAAAUCAGGAAACCAGUUGUUAUAAAGCAAUCUAAAAAUGAAGAAAAAAAAAAAAGAAAAAACCUUAUGUACAAACCAAGGGGUGUUUUUAGAACAUUGUAUAGAAAUAAAUUCAUGUAAAAGGA